AUGGCUUCAAGGGCGUCCGAGUCGCAGAUAGACACGAGUGAGAUCUCGGUCAGUAGCAAGGAGGCCAUCGAAGACAAGACUGGUGUCGCCGUGAUUGCUACCAAAGAUGAAGCCGUGCCUGCUAGCGACGACGGCGAGAACUCGGAAGCCAUCAUUGUCACCGGUGCUGAUGCCGCUAUCCAUCUACUGCCGCUUCGAGAUGACUUCGAUAGCGUGUUAACCUUUCGCAGUAUUCUACUUGCCUCUGGACUUGCCUGUUUCCAGGCUGUGAUGUACCAGAUUUAUCAGUUCAAACCGACCGUUGUCACGAUUCAAGGAACCUUCAUCGUGCUCAUCUCUUACUUCGUGGGCAAUGCCUGGGCUAACUUCCUGCCCCGUGGGGAGAAGCUUGAGACUCGGUGGAGGGAGAAGAACGGCCAGGGAAAACUGCCCUGGUGGAUCACUGUGAUGAAGUUUGUCAAUUACGGACCGUGGGGACUGAAAGAGCACGCAAUCUGUUCAAUCACUGCUACCUCGGCCUCCAAUGCCUCUGCGAGCUCCAUGGUAUUUGCAGCACAGGAUCUGUUCUACAAUCUUCCCUUGAGCCCGGCAACGGUGAUAUUGAGUACUAUCUCCAUUGGUCUCUUUGGGUAUGGACUCUGCGGAAUUAUGCGUCCCAUCGCUGUCUGGCACACUGAGGCUGUCUACUGGAGUACCCUACCUACCGUGAAGACUCUCCAGGGACUUCAUUGGCAGCAAGUCAAAAACUCGAAGCCGUUGCGGUACUUCUGGUACGCAUUCACUGGCAUGUCUCUCUACGAGAUUAUUCCUGCCUACAUCUUCCCGUGGCUGAACUCUGUCUCAAUUCCGUGCCUGGCUGCGCAAAAGGCCACUGGUAGCAAAGCUGCUAUUCUCACCAAUGUCUUUGGUGGUGCGACCAACAACGAAGGUCUCGGUCUGUUUACGCUUUCGUUCGAUUGGCAAUAUAUUACAUCGUUCCAAACAUCCCUUCCUCUCAAACUUCAAAUUCACCAGGCCCUAGGAUUUUUUGUCUGCUUCAUUCUCAUGAUAGGCAUAUACUAUGGCAACGCCUGGGAUUCGAGAUCGCUUCCAUUCAUGUCGACGAGACUUCUGGCGAGCAAUGGCACCGCGUACCCCAUCAAUGACGUCUUCCCUGGCGGUGUCCUCGAUGAAACCGCCUUGGCCAAUUUCGGGUUGCCAAAGCUCACUGGAACGUUUGCCUUCUCGUUGUUCAUGGCCAAUGCUGCGAUUGGUGCCCUCAUCGUCCACUGCAUUCUCUUCUGGGGCAAGGAUAUCCUUCGGGCCUACAAAAGUUCGAGAGAAGGAAGAUAUGAUGAUCGGCAUCAUGAGCAUAUGGCCAAGCAUUACAAGGAGACUCCGUGGUGGUGGUACAUCGCUGUGCUUAUUGGCAGCUUUGUGCUCGGCAUCAUCGUCUGCACAAAAGAAAACAUCACUAUGCCCGUGUGGGCAUAUGUUGUCUCCCUAUUGGUUGGAUGCAUCAUUGCGCCCUUUAGUACCAUCCUCUACUCUCGCUAUGGUAAUGGUAUCGCCACGAACAAUCUGUCGAAGAUGCUGGGUGGACUCAUGCUUCCUGGGCGCCCCAUUGGAAACAUGUACUUUGCUGCGUGGUCGCAUAACGUCAUUUCCAACGCGGUUAAUCUUUCCAAUGAUCUGAAGAUGGGCGAAUACCUCAAGAUCCCUCCUCGAGUUAUGUUCCUGACCCAAAUCUACGGCACAAUUCUUGGUGGCUUCAUCAAUUACGCUGUUAUGAUCUCGAUUGUGUCAGGUAAUCGAGAGCUUCUCACCGGCGGCAACGGAAACUCAUCCUGGAGCGGUGCGACUAUCCAAUCUUAUAACACAAAUGCAGCAUCUUGGGCUCUAGCGCCCUAUAUUUAUAAGGCUGGCACUCCAUAUGGUGUCGUCCCGAUUGGUAUAGCCGUCGGCGCUGGUAUUGUGAUUAUCCACCGCAUCCUUUACCAGUUUAUUCCCAAAAUUGGGAAGUUCGACGUCUCGGAGAUCAAUAUGCCGCAGUUUAUCCAGUACGCCGGUUUCAUUCCCUACAACCAAUCCCAGACCUGUGUCAUCUUUUCCUGGAUCAUCGGCGGGUUCUAUGUUCAGUACUUCCUCCGAAACUACCGGCCCCGUAUUUUCAAGGAUUAUUCAUAUCUGAUCGCUGGUGCCUUUGAUGGCGCCAGUCUGACGGUUCUUUUCAUCCUCUCUUUUGCGGUUUUCGGGGCUGGUGGACCAUCCCAUCCGUUCCCAUCGUGGUGGGGAAAUAACCAGAAAGGGAACUAUGAUUGGUGUCCGGUCGCAGAGUAA